AUGAAAAUCGAGAAGGCAAGCAGGAGAUGGUCACUGGUGAUGUUUGGCUCCGUGUGCGCCACCUUGGCUGACCACCCGGCAGCCCUGAGAAAGGAGCCCUUGGCCGACGAUUGUGCCAGGACUACGGAGUAUAACAUGUAUCAUUUUUCUGUCUGCGCCUCUAUGGGGGAGACCUGUCGCUCCACAGACCCGGAUGCGAAGAGCAUCCGCGAUCACACCAAUAAUCCUGAUUUUCUUCCAGGCGAGGUCAUCCUCAAUCUCUUGCAACCAAAGAUGGACAAAGAAGAGGGUCGAGGUGGCUACCGCGCGGUUCUUGUCAAUGGUUUUCCGAGACGCAGCGCAGGAUGUCUCUAUUGAGGAGCAGGUGAAAGGCCUUCCCAUCCUGCCUUCGUCUGUGAUCACCUUGUGCCGCCUGGAAGGCUUCACGGCUGAGAGGCGCAACGAAAUUUUGGGGGGGAGAGAGCUAGAUUGUGCGGCCGGGUGUUGCGAUCCUUCCCAAUUGCCCCGAAAGAUAGAGCGAAACUACAUUCUUGAGCCGAAGGCUCCCCGGACGGGAUGAAUACACCAAUGAGAUGCUUUGGAAAAAGAUAUCGUCAGCAUGAAGAGAAGACCGUGAGUAUUGUGGAUCGGUAUCGUCGAGUACAUCCUCAAAGAUGUUAUAAUUAUUGCACUCUAUUCGUCCCUAGAGGAUCUUUCCAGCAUGAACUAGGUUGAUUCGAGCAUAGAAAAGGAAAUGUCUCAUGAUGCCCGUCUUAAAACCCAGCAGCAGAAAGCGAUUUGGAGCAAUCUCAAUGAAGGCUGAGGUCCAAUAUACAGGAUACCAUGCUGGGCUAGAAGGCUG